AUGUAUCACCCCAAAGAGGUAAUCGAGCGAUUUUACAGUGGUUGCACUUUUUGUCGUCGCUCACGAAGUGAAGUAAGUCGCCUCAUGAAGUGUCCUACUUGUCAUAUUGCCUCGUAUUGCGGCAGAGAAUGUAGAGAAAAACAUUUGGCCACACAUAAGACAUUAUGUAGCGCAUUGAAAAGUCGUUAUUCUGUAACGGUGAAAACCUUUUCACUAUUAAAUCCAGGGCAAGCGCAAAUUCGAACAUUUGGGACUCAUUUAAAAGGUACUGGAAAAGGACCUAAACCCAAAUGUGACGGCACGGAAAAAUUCAUCGUCAAGAUUCAAACGAAGAACCUUAAUAGCCACCCGUUGCAGACGAUGGGUGUUUACGACAAAAGCCUUACACUGGAUUGUAGCAUUCAAAGUCCAGAAAUCUUCAACGUGAUAAUGGAGUGCGGAGUCCUUGGAAAGUUGCACAAAUUUACAAGCAAAAACGUUUUUUGUUGGGCCACGUUCGCUAAGAGAGAAGAGAAACUGACAGUUUUUCUUGAUCAUCUUGCUCCUUAUCAAGAAUGGUAACGGUAUCAAGACAGAUAGCUAACCUUCUAAGAUAGUCAGUGCAAAGUAAUAUAAUGAAUGCCUUACCGAAGUAAAAGUGGAGUGUGUAUGAUGAAGACUGUUAAGAAGACGAGGCAUAUGCAAAGAAAAGCCCCAAGUCGCGUUCAAAGGAGAGAGGUUAUGUCCUUGCAAAAAGUAGACGCUGAACAACGUUCAUGAACUUCAAGAGAUAAAGCAAUAGGCGUAUUUUGUGCAGAAUAAGGAAAGACGAGGACUAGUUGUAUGCGGUUAGUUCCAAUUGGCGGAGCUUUAUCAAAGCGAAGCGGUGGCCCCGGUACAGAAAAGUGGAUGCAGGCAUGAGUGGCUGCAGGGUAGCAGGCCAAAUGUUAAGUCUGACGAUUGGAGCUAUGCAACUAAAACUACCGUAGUGAUCUGGUUUGGUGUAAACUUUGUCAAUUAAUAAGGUAUUUCAACUUCCUUUUAGAAUUUCUUCUUAUCGUCUAUCCCUUACCUCUCGUAGUACGUUAGCCCUAGUUUUUAUCCGUUACCUCUAGCUGCAGUGCUUAGUCCAGAAAUCUAGCGCAAGGCAGUGAAUUGAUGAGUGGAAUCAUGAAAGCACUGAAAUAGGACAGAGAUAGAACUCCUCUUUUUCCAAUUUUUAACCCCCGUAGGCAAGCUCUCAUAGGGACCAACCCCAAGAGUGCUACACUCCUUCGGACAAAGCAAGACGAACUUUGCAGAAGGCAAUUAAAAGCUGCAAUAAGAUUUAAAGUUUUGAGUUUGGAAUGCAUUAUUUUUCCCAUUUUUGGUGAUUAAAUAUAAAUUAUGAACUUGGAAAAAUCAUCGGUCAUCCCUGUUUCGCAAAGAGAUUUAACAACUUGAAAAGCAUCUUUCUGAAACAACUUUUUUCUUUCUGAAAAGUAAAGAAAAGGUUUACCUAGGAGCCUACCUCGAUGAUAAAGGAAAAAGUAACAUUCACUUCCAACAAGUAGCUAAAAUUAGUAUUAUGCAGUUGCUAAGUAGAUAACAAGAAAACUAAGCAUAUAAAACUAUUCAGAGAACAUGCCCUUAUAAUCGCUACGUCAGUAAGCUUGGGUAUAACGUGUUCAGCUAUAGAAAAGUGACUGUUAUGUAUUCUUUAGGAUACUUACAUUCUUUUUUUGAUAACUUAUAUUUAUUAGUUUUGGUUUCAAUUGGCUCGAUUUAAGAAAACACAUUUCAUUCGCUGAAUACCUACAACAUUACCAGACAACAAGCAUGUAAACGUUGCGAUAGACGGCUUACGCCGGAUAUAAUGGUGGCUGUAAUCGCUGUUAUAUUUCCGCAGUCAAUCGAGUUCUCCUUCUUUUAACAAUUGCAGCACAUCUCCAUUAA